AUGUUUGAGCUACCAACCAAUUCGGAGAUAGCCGUGCCGAGCGCGCGACUUCAAGAAAAUAAUUCGAAACCUUUGCCAGUCCUGAGCACCUCAACGGCAGCGCCACGGAUAUCCGUGAUCAAUUGCUUCCGCCCACUCGCCCAGAUCUGCCGCACGGCAACAUCAUCAACCAAACCAUCACCCCUCCUCCUCAACCUCACCCAAACCUCCCACUUCUCCACCGCCCGAGUGCUCCGUCAAGAAGCCACCGCUGCCACCCCUUCACCAACCACCAUCACCACCACCACCACUACCUCCCGCCCCAAACAAAAAAUCCUCGGCCUCGCCUCGAAACACAACCGCACCCCCGCCCCUAGACCACCCCCCCUCAAAGUCGACCCCUUGUUCGGUCCCUCCUCUUCCUCCUCCACCGGCUCCCUCUCCACCUCCCGCUCCAGCCUCUUUAACCGCACCGUCGGCAAAAAGGAAACCCAAGUCUUCUCCGCCAUCAUCAACCGCGACGCCAAAGAGUCCCUCAGCAAAGAAUCCAGCGGCACCCUCUCCAACCUGACCACCGCCUUGUUCAUGACAAACGCCGGCCUCCAAACCCCCGACAUUCGUCUCCGCCCUACCAGCGGCCGUACCGUCCCCGUCAAGAGCAACGAUCCCGCCAGAGCGUUCAAGGUGCUCAACGCGCUGUGCAGACACAAUAACUUGUCAAACACGGUCAGGGAGCAGAGGUUCCAUGAGCGGCCGGCGCUCAAGAGGAAGAGGAAGCUGAGGGAGAGGUGGAGGGCGAGGUUCAAGGAUGGGUUUGUGGCGGUUAUCGACCGGACGAUGGAGUUGAGGAAGCAGGGGUGGUAA